UGUUUUCUCAGUGGAUUUGUGGGUCGCCGAUUUGCGGAAGUUUUAGGGGCAGCGUUAAUCAGAAUUUGUGCAAAUCAUCGGCUCGAAGUUGCAGCUGGAUUUUUGAUGGAGUUUCGGGGAUUCUUCGAGUGAAUGCAGUACAGAGUGUGGCCCAAGCGCGAAUGCAUCGAGAUUGAGUUGUUCAAGCUCUGAUUUGUUGUUAGGUUGUAGACUCUUGGUUUUCCUUUCGAGCUUGUUGAAGUGCGCCGAAGAGAGGUUUUGGGUGUUUAGAGUGUCGCUAUUUGGAGAGAAAGGAAGUUUUCGAUUGUGUAAGUAGCUUUGAGAGUAGGAUCUGGUCACAAUGGGUGAUAAUUUUGUGUACAAGGAUGCGGAGGGCACCAGCACGCAGUGGGAUGAUAUUCAGCGAAAGCUCGGGAACUUGCCCGAGAAGCCCAAGCCCAAGCCAACCCCGGGCUGGGUCCCGGAUUCCGAUCUGGAAAACGCUCCCAAGGAUGCAGCAUGGCUGGAUGGGAAGUCCAUUGAUGAGCUUGAGGAUUUGGAAGACGAUUCUCUGUUAGAAGAUGAUCGGUUCCUCGAGCAGUAUCGAAAGCAGCGGUUGGCAGAAAUGAGGGAAGUGGCAAGUAAACCGCGAUUUGGGUCCGUGCAGCGAAUUUCAGGCUCCGAUUACGUUAGGGAGGUCUCUCAAGCACCUGCUGAUGUGUGGGUCGUUGUCCAUCUUUUCAAAGACGGGUUAGCAGAAUGUGAGUUGCUGGGGCAGUGCUUAAAUCAACUGGCGGCGAAGUAUACCAAUACGAAGUUCGUGAAGAUCGUUUCUACGGAUUGCAUUAAGAAUUACCCAGACAACCUUCUUCCCACCUUGUUAGUUUAUAAUAGCACCAAUGUCAUGGCCAACUUGGUGGGCCUGCGAAGAUUUGGAGGUCCAAAAUGCACUCCUGAAGAUGUGGCGCUGGUGCUUAGUCAAGUUGGGCCUGUUCUCGGCGAGCCCGGUGAGACCGAUGCUGAUGCCGUCAGGGCGAGGAUCCAGAAAGACUACGUUGAGAAAAUGGUUUUGAGGCAUGCAACAAAAGGAGGGGGAAACAAUUCUGACGAAGAUUCAUGAAUCGCAAUCAAGUAAUGGAGGCGUGUUUACCAUGAACAGUACCAUAGCUGCAAUGAUGUUACGGAUACAAGCUGAAGCGCCAAGCCUGCGUGGAGUUACUUCGCUAUGACCAUAGGAUACAUCUUCGAUGCUCCUACACAUGGGCACCUUCCGAAUCCUAGAUUACAGUUCGUAUCAGUUUCCUUAGCUGCAGAGAGAUAGAUCUAGAAGGAAUUUACGUUGACAGAGCUUCAUUUAGCUGGAGUGUCCUCUGGGCCGAGUUGGAGGGUGCUUGCAUUUCCAUCCAACUGAGCUUUGUGUCUUUGUUGUCCCUUUCAACCUAUGGAAUUGUAGGAUUAGUCGCUUUUUUCACAUCA